AUGAAGUCCAACCAGCUUUGCGGUAUAUCCUGCUGGCAUCCGGCCUGGCUGCAGCGGUUCGCCACGCCUCGUUCGUUUAUUAUGGUGUACGGGUUUCUCGGGACCGUGCAAGCGAUGGCGUACAUCUACUUCGUCAUCACGCUUACCACGCUGGAGAAACGGUUCAAAAUACCUUCCUCAACCACCGGUAUCAUUCUGAGUGGCAACGAAAUAUCUCAGAUCCUGCUAUCUCUCAUACUGUCGUACGUCGGCGGCCAUCGGAACCGGCCACGGUGGAUUGCCUGGGGUGUGGUGUUUUGUGCCCUGUCCUGUUUCAUUCUCGCUCUGCCACACUUCAUCUACGGUGCCGGCGAUGAGGCACUGCAACUCACCAAGGAGUACAUCCGCGAACGGGAGGAAGACGAGGCGCGCAUACGAUCGCACCAAAACUACACGAUCAUGGUGAAGAGCACUAACCGGCUGUGUUUGGAUGCGUCGUCACCAAAGGAAUGCCUCGAAACAAUAUCGGUCGUCCCGCUGAUACUGAUCUUCCUGUCCCAGUUCGUGCUUGGUAUCGGCAACACACUCUACUAUUCGCUUGGCCAAACGUACUUGGACGAUAACACGAAGAAGACCAACACCCCGCUCAUGCUGGCGUAUGCGUCCUCUCUGCGCACCUUCGGACCGGUCGUUGGAUUUGCACUCGGAUACUUCGCACUUAAGAUCUACAUUGAUCCCACCAAGACACCGAUUAUCGAUAGCUCCGAUCCACGCUGGUUGGGUGCAUGGUGGUUGGGCUGGAUACUGCUCGGUGUUGCUAUGAUCAUCUUCGCCUUUCUUAUCGGUAUGUUUCCAAAGGAGAUACCGAAAAAGACCAAAUCGGGGGAAUCCAACAAAAUGCGACCACAUUCCACCGUGCCGGUCAUUUUGAUGAACGAUGCGGAAGCGUUCGGCAAGGAGAAAGAAAGUCUUAGCAAACGGCAACAGCGCACAGUGUCGGAAAAUGCAUCCGAGUUUGCCGAAAGCAUUGUGGAGUUCCCGCAACUGAAAGACUUUCCUCUAGCGCUGAUGCGACUUCUGAAGAACAAGCUGCUCAUGUUCAACAUACUUUCCGGCAUAUUCUAUAUUCUCGGCUCUAGCGGUUACAUCACGUUCCUGAGCAAGUACAUCGAGGUGCAGUUCCAUAAAUCCACCGCUAACGCGACUGUAAUAACCGGUCCAAUAACGCUCUUCGGUAUGGUGGCCGGAUUUUUGAUAUCCGGCAUUGUGAUAUCGAAGAAAAAGCCUUCGCCAAAAAAGCUACUCUUCUGGAACGUGAUCGUCGGUGCGGGAUAUAUCGCUGGACAGAUAUCCUACCUUUUCCUCACCUGUCCCGACGGUACCAUGCCGCUGGUGAAGGGCCGGUUAAAUCUGACGACGGACUGUAACAGCCACUGCCACUGCGACGGGAUCCCUUACAGCCCGAUCUGUCAGGAAGAAACGGGCAUUACAUUCUUUUCCGCCUGCCAUGCUGGUUGCGAUAGGUGGCACAUGACCGAAAAGUAUUACGACAGUUGUUCCUGCCAGAAUGAAAACUACUCCCCAAUCACAAAACUUCCCUGGGCCCGUUCGACAACUACGCAAUAUACACGGACAACUAACCCUUAUGAUUCAAAUGCCAAUACACCGGGAGCGAAUCAACAAACCACUACGCAGAGUUGGACAACUUCAACCACUAUCGGUACGAGUUCGUCAACGAUCGAACUUCCCGAUGCAACGACACCUAACUUAGGAGCAGAUACAAUCAAAUUACUUGCUGGAAAUGAACCAGUGGUCAACUAUACUCUCUCGCACGACGAACUGAAGGAGGAUCCCAAUCCCAAUCAUACAGACGGUCCCGAUGAACGGUCGGAAACUGCCGGAAAGACAGACGAAGUGGAGGAUGAAGAGAGUACUUUGCCUCCUGUGAAGACAGAAGAUAGCUCUGAGGAUGCUACAGCACCACCUGUCGAACACUCCAGAAGAAGAAAACGAGCGGUAGACGAACAACAAUAUACAACGACGACUUCAAGCCCACCGGACAGCAUACUGUACACGGCGAAACUGAUACCUGGAGCUUGUGUAAAAGGCUGUGCAAUGGGAUUCUAUCUCUUCUCCAUCAUCUCCAGCAUCAUCAACUGUUUGGGUGCCUCGGGACGAAUCGGCAAUCUACUCGUUAACUAUCGAUGCGUCUCGAAGCAGGACAAAUCCUUCACCCAAGGUUUGAUACUGAUGAUGAUCAGUCUGUUCGCGUUGAUUCCCGGUCCAAUCAUUUACGGCAGAAUCAUCGACAGUACGUGUUUGGUGUGGACGGAGGAGUGCGGCAAACGUGGCAACUGUCAACUGUACGAUCAGAAGCUUUUUCGAUAUUACAUCAACAUAACAGCGCUAUGCCUUACAUCAGUUGGAGUAUUCUUCGACGGUUUGGUAUGGUGGUACGGCAAAACGUUAGACCUGUACGGGGAACGUGAACUAGCGGAGCAGCAGCAGCGGCAACUGCAGCAACAGCAACAGAACAACAAAGUUCACCCAGAACCAAUCAGUAAUCAUGCGUUUAAACAUGAUACGUGA